UGCUGUCCUCUAUACCGGAAAAGAAACGAAGGUGAUGUUGAACUCUGCGGCCGCGCCUCUCAAACGGUCGUCUGUCGACAGGCAAAUCAACAAAUAUAAAUUUGUCACCGUCGCCAACGUCUACGUUCCGACCGUGAACAGCUCUGAUGUCUUAAAGGAGAAGGUCUAUGGACUAUCUGCCCGGCCGCCGUUUCUGGCAUACAUUUUUAUGGCUUUAUCUGCUCUUCUCUUGUCAUCUCAGAUACUGGUGCUGAUUCUCCUCCUUGCGUUUCUCACUAUCUUCACCGUGAUUGCCAACGCACUGUGGGCCAACUACAAGAAUAACACAGAAUGGUACCUAGGAGACACAAGAGUCACUGCAUCCAGCGUUGGCUUUAUGGUCAUGACUGCUUUCAUCAUGUUUCAUACCAUCAUCCCCAUAAGUCUGCAGGUUUCCUUGGAAGUUGUCCGCUUUAUUCAAGCCUUUUUCAUCAACUGGGACCAAAAAAUGUAUGACCCGGAAUCGGACACAGCAGCCAUGGCGAGAACCUCUAACUUAAAUGAAGACUUAGGAAAGGUGAAGCACAUCUUCUCGGACAAGACCGGCACGCUGACAAGAAACGUUAUGGAAUUUAAGCGUUGCACAAUCUCUGCCAAGACUUAUGGGUAA